AUGUCUGACACUCCAGCAGCUACCCAAGCCGCCACAAUCGCAUCGCCGAUCAACCUGAUUCUUUUCUCGCUCCUGAUUCUGCUCGUCUAUUUCCGUCUUCGGCCAAGUCCACCAUCUACCCUACCGAAAGGUCCUGCACCGGUUGUUUUCCGCACAUUUACCCCACCAACAUUGAAGCCAUACAAUGGUGAGAAGAACAUGCCCGUAUAUCUAGCUGUACGAGGCAAGGUCUUCGACGUUACGCCCGGCAAGAAUUUCUACGGUCCUGGUGGACCCUACGAGAAUUUCGCUGGACGAGAUGCGAGUAGAGGCCUGGCAUGUGGUAGCUUUGACGAGGACAUGUUGACCAAGGAUCUUUACGGACCGUUGGACGAUCUCAGCGGACUGGGAUCGGAUGAGAGGCAGGCAAUGCAAGAUUGGGAGGAUAGAUUCGCUGAUAAAUACUUGGUUGUCGGAAAGCUUGUACCCGUAUCUGAAGCUCCAAAGGAGGAAUCCUAG